GCGCGAGCCAAGCCUGACACGGGGCAGCGUGGGGGGGAGGCACUCACCAAGGCCUCCGAGGCAGGAUGGAAAGGACGAUAAUUACAUAAGAGCACUUGGCGAGCAUCUGGCUGGAGUCAGCUGGGCCCCGCCAGCUCUCCCUCCCUCCCUCCUUCCAUCCUUCCCUCCCUCGCUCCCUUCCUCCCUGCACUGCUAACCAGGAGCAGCUGAGGAUACACCAAACCCAACGCGGGACUCCUCUGCGGAGGGGCACAGAGUGCAGCAACUCUACUCCAGACCUUUUGCAAGAGUCAGUCAUCCCUUCAGGUGAGGUGCUGGGGUUUUGCUCUCCUCCUGUGACAGAAGGGAAGUGAGGAGCUGAAACGCUACUGAGCACUGGGACAGGAAUUGGAAGAUCUCAGGAAAGCACUUCCCAGAGAGGUGGUGGAUGCCCUGUCCCUGUAGGCAUUCAAGGUCACCAUGGACAUAAUUUACCUACGCACACCCCUGGCCUUCCUCCUUCUUCCUCUUGUUGUGCUUGGGGCACCCACUGAUGAACUCCAGCUCACAGAACCUGCCCCUGGUGCUUGCAGGCGCUGCUGUGACCCACCAGACUCUUCUGCAGAUGCCCCACCACCGACUUCAAGCCACCACCACCUGCCCUACCCAAUGCCAGAGAUCCGUCCCUAUAUCAAUAUCACUAUACUGAAGGGAGAGAAAGGAGAUCGAGGAGAGCCUGGGAUGCCAGGGAAGUGGGGCAAAGAAGGGCCACGUGGAGAGCGGGGUGCCCAGGGCCAGAAAGGGAGCAAAGGACAGAUGGGCACAGCAGGUGAUCCCUGCAAGCACCAGUAUGCUGCAUUCUCUGUUGGCCGCAGGAAAGCACUGCACAGCAGCGAGGGCUUCCAGGUCUUGAUCUUUGACACCGUCUUUGUCAACCUCUACAGUCACUUUGACAUGUUCAAUGGCAAGUUCUACUGCUCUGUAGCUGGCCUUUACUAUUUCAGCCUCAACGUCCACACCUGGAACUUCAAAGAGACCUACAUGCACAUCAUGCGCAACGAAGAAGAGACAGUCAUCUUGUAUGCCCAGCCGAGUGACCGCAGCAUCAUGCAGAGCCAGAGCCUCAUGCUGGAUCUUCAGGAAAAUGAUGAGAUCUGGGUGAGGCUUUACAAGCGGGAGCGAGAGAAUGCCAUUUACAGUGAUGAUGUUGAUGUGUACAUCACCUUCAGUGGGUACCUGGUCAAGCCAAGCCUUGACUAACUGUCUCUUCUCCCUUCCAUAGCCUCUCUGGCCUUCUUCCUCUCUCUCUCUCUCUCUUUUAUUGCCCGUAACCACUGCAAAUCUCUUAGAAAUGGGCCUGUGAAGUCUCAGGCAUUGAGUGUGAAACUUGCUGCUCUUACUCCCACCUCACACUCUCUAGCAGCCAGGCCUAUAGCUGUGCAUUUACAGCAUGACACUAUCAUCUCUCAUACCUCACCUCAUGACCUAGCUUAAGUGAUUGGCUUGUUCUAAAUCCAUGAGCAGGAUGUGGCUGGCUUGUAGGGUCCUAAAGUGGGAGGAAAACUAAGAUGUUGUUCCUGGAGAUGUGUCCUUCCUUGAGAUUUCCUACACAAAGGACUCCCAUAGAAAGGUCUGGAAAUUCCUUGUUGCCCAGGUGCAUGCUGGCUUCUUUCUGUCCCUGCAACGUGGCCCUAAUGCCAGCACUCGCACCUGUAGCUUUGAGAGUGGACUGGGUUCUACUGGCCUUCUUUAGAACAGAGGAAGAGGUAGGACUGGUGGGAGAUGAUGCUGUCUUUCCAAAAAAAGGUCUGUUGGCCUUUCUGUUACAUCAUUGGCUUUCCAUAAACACCAUUGUGAUGUCUAUGGAUCCUGUGGUCCUUCCCCAAGCUGGCUGUAAAAUUGUGGCAUAGGGGGACAGUCCUCCACUGUGCCAGCUCUAGCUCUUCUGGGAGGUACCAGGCUGGACAUUCAGCCAAAUAAUUCAGAGAUAUCUGCUGUUGAAUGAGUAGAACCCACCACUCUGUUCCCAUUAAACCACAAGCACAGGACGAGAGACAACCCUACAAACCAUUCUCCCAAACCUGUUGGGGUGCCACUUGGUCUCGGUUCCCCAGCUGUGGGAAGCCAGCCCAGUCCAGAAAGGGCUUUCCCUUUCCCAAGUGCAUUUUGGUGAACUUGAUUCUGCUCACUUCUGUGACAGAGAUGCACCUUGGUACCAACGGCAUGGCCCUGGCUCCUGCAUGCUAUUAUGUCAUUCUUCCUGAAGGUGGUUCUCUCACAUUGGUGUUGAGAGACUGCUGUUUCACAACAUGAGCUCUAGGGAGCUGCAGGUUGCAAGGCCAAUUGCAGUUAAACCACAGUUUCCAGCCCUGGAUGAGUUGGCAUCUCUUUGCUCGUGUGAUGGAAAAAAACUAGAGGCAAAACAGCGGUGUGAAAGGAAGCAAGACUUAAGCAACUCGACCCAUAUUAAAAGCAUGUGUUGUGUGCCUUUUUCUGGCAAUCUCAUUAGAGCAACUGAGAAAAACGUAUGACUAAAACAAAUCCUUGCUCUCCUUGUCAGGUCAGAGAUGUUGCAGUGGGAAACGAUGCCAGUGGUAGGAUAUUAGGGUACCAUUUAUACUGGCUUCACACUGGCCUCAUUCACAUCCCUCUGGAGAUGUGAGGCUGACUCAGCACUUUGGGAAAAUCACUUCCAUGUGUUGUGAUGCUGCCACAAACAGCAGAGUCAAGAGUUGUCUCUUUUUUGAGUCUCAGGACAAGCAGGAAAAACUGUAUUUCUCUGCUGCCCAUCAUUGAUAAUGAAGUCUUCUGACUUAUGUUUCCGCAGUCUCAUGGUUAGCCAUGUCUAUAGUACUGGGACUAUGAGAGAGCUCCAUUGGAGAUACAAAUCAAAUUAUUAUAUUAGGACUUGAUCAGGUACACUCAGCCCAGGAUGGCAAAGGUGCAGGAACACAGGUUAACUAUUGAAAAUGCUUGAGAGAAUUGCAGGACAUUUUCUCUCUUGCCCUGCUUACUUACCCUCCCUGUUCUCCUAAGGAAGCUGUGCAGACUGGAAUGAAUUUCAGGUACUUUCUGGCCCCUGAUCCUCUUCGCCGUUGUCACUGAUGCAAGGUGUAUAAAAAAAAGGUUUCGCCAAGGUGAAGCUUUUCCAGGGAACCACAUGAUGACAAGAUCAUGGGAAUGGAAGGAAACUGAGCUUCUUCCUCUCCCUUAGUAGGAGAAGUGUAUGGAACUGCUCAGACACAGGAUUACAGGCAGUAGAAAGGAAGAAGCAUGCUGAAAGUGAUGCUCAGGUCUGAAUCCCUUUCCGUCUUCCUAAGCCACAGGCUGCAAACCCAGGUAUUGUGUAUUUACAGUGUAUAGUGCCCCAUGUCUUCCUGAAGAGAAGCAAGCACUGAAUAACACUGAAUAUCUCCAAAAACAAGCUUCUAUUUUCCUCCUUUUCUGAUUGUUUGUUUUUUUUAAUUCCAGUGGUAGAUCUCAUGUGUUACUCAAGAGCAUCCAGAUGGUGCUUGAUGCAUGUGGUAGAGGAAGACAGGUGGGCCAAAGGAUAUGUUUAACAGGCUUCUUGGUGCUAAACAAGAUGGCAAUCCCUUGGUGCUAAAUAAGUUUUCAGUUUUGGUUGCUUUCUGGACGGUAUAAUAGGCUGAGUUGUAAAGUACUGUGGAAUUAAUGGUGCUUUAUGUUACAGAAACAAACUCUGAGAACCUUUGUGUGUGUAUAUAUAUAUAUAAUUUCAUUGAUAUUAAACUUUUUUUCCUUGGU